GUGUGGUGACCCCGGGCGUGGGGACAGCGGGUCGGCGACACGGCGGGUGACACGCGCAAUGUCCCCGCCGAGGCGGCCGCCCGGGGCUCCUGCCCCGGCAACCGGUGACGCCCGCGCGGCGCCGCCCGCCAUUGGCUGUCCCGGCCCCCCCGGGACGUGGGUGCCGGGCUGGGGGGCAGAGCGGCCGGACACCCCCGAAGCGGCAUGUUGGUGCUGCUGGGGCUGGCGCUGGGCGCCCGGGGGGCAGGCGCCUUCGUGGUGCACGUGUCCAGCUCGUGCGCGCUGGCGCCCAACGGCUCGGCGCUGGCCUUCGACUUCACCUUCCUCUUCAACAAGAACCCGCUGGUCUGCUACGACCCCGGCGCGCGGCUCUUUGUGCCCUGCGACUGGGGGCUGCUGCACCGCCACGCCGUCCACGUGGCCGCCGGGCUCAACAACGGCACGGCCUGGCUGCAGCGCGCCCAGCAGCGCAGCCGCCUGUGCCAGGACCUGCCCCCCCGGGUCUGGGGCGCCGCGGCGCUGCGGCAGACGCCGCCCCGAGCCCGCGUCGUCCCCUCCGGGACGGGCAACGCGCGGGCGCCCGUCCUGCUCACCUGCCACGUCUGGGGCUUCUACCCGCGCGAGGUCACCGUCACCUGGCUGCGCAACGGGGACGUCGUGGGCCCCGCCGACCCCCCGCCCAUCUCCGCCGUCCCCAACGGCGACUGGACCUACCAGACGCAGGUGACGCUGCUGGCGGCCCCGGUGGCCGGGGACACCUUCACGUGCGCGGUGCAGCACGCCAGCCUGGAGCAGCCCCUCCUGGAGGACUGGGGUCCCGGCUUGUCCCCGGGCUUGACGCUGAAAGUGGCCGCGGCCACCGUGGUGAUGGCGCUGGGGCUCGGCUUGUUGGGCGCCGGCGUGUACCGCUACCGCGCCAGGCCGGCGGCGCUGGGUUACGCUCCCCUCCCCGGAGACAACUACCCCGCAGGCAGCACCUGAGGACCCCCCGCACCGUGACCCCCUGGCCGCGACGGCAGCGCCGUGUCACCGUCACCCUUGGGGUGACACCGCGCUGCCGACAAUAAAGACGCUCUGUGGUGA